AUGGACGAGCACCAUCGACGGCUCCAUGUCAAGGCGGAGCGAGCGUCGGUGAUAGGUCCGGGAGUGCUGGGCGGAGUACGACACGGAGAAGCCGCUGCGAAGGAAGCUGCCGGCGGCGUCGACGAGGGAUUCGGCAGUUGGGCUCUACGGGCGGCCCGCAGUGAGCACCAGUUGCAGCUGCACAGCCGGGACGAUUUGGCACAGGUAGAUUUUGCGAAUUUUUCAGUCUUUGUCACUGUUCGAGCUCUAAAAACGUUCACUCACGCAUUAAUCUAGGUAGCCAAAAAACUCAAACAUAUAGGCCAAUCAGUCAAGUAAAAAAACUAUAUUAUUCUGGUAUUUUCACUGAUGGUUCCGCCCGAAAACCGUCACACUAAGCCCAAUCCGCUUUGCUCUUUAGCCAACAAAGCGUCAAGCCUUUUAUUCAGUUCAUCUCCAAACCUAAGCUGUCGGCUUGCAUUAGAAAGCACGCGAAAGCCCAUUUGGAGCUCUCGCUCUUUGUGUGUGUGUGUGCUCCAGAAGCCACCGCCAGAUUGAUGAGCUCUUUCCUUUCAUUCCAGAGAACGAAGGGUUUAGCGCCCUCCCUUCCUUUUCUGUGUCCUUUUCAAUGUUUUUGAUGGCUGACUACGGUAGAGAAAGCUUCUUGCAGAAUGCUCGAAUCUCGGCGUUGCUCGGCGAAAUGCGGCCGAGGAUGUCGGCGAGUGCGGCGAUGCCGGGCGGCCACGGACAGCGGAAGGCGCACACCACCAAUAUUGUCGAUGUGUCACAGAUUGCAGGUAAUUUUGCGAUUCUCACGAAGUCUACACUUUUUGUGCAUCAGGGCUGGGCAAUUGGCCGGCCUUGACUUGCCAUCAUACUUUGCAGGCUUUUCGGACUGAAGUUGGAUUGAAGUUCAAGUUUCGGACCGAGAUCAAGAACCGAUUCCGAUCGGUCUGAAACUUGGAUCCAAAAUUGAAAAAAUUGAUACCUACAAAUUUUCUCGUAGAGUUUUCAGCCAGAAACGCAAUAUACGGUUCGUGGCAAGAGCGCCGGCCACGCCUUUACGGCAGUCAACAAGUUUCGGCCACCCUGCCCAAAUAUGAACAAUUGUACUGUAACACCGGCUCGCUGCUGGCCAACGGAACCGGAUCGACGAACACGUUGGCGACGACCGGAAUACGCAGAGAGCCGCCCGAGUACGGGUACGUUUGAAAAUUUCCAUGGCGACGCGCGCUCCCCGGAGACGAUUCACGAGAUUGGGCUGCCUCUUUUCUUUUUUGUAUCUUAAAGCUCGCUCACAACAAAAUCGCGUUUAUUUUUCCGUUUCUUCUCACGCAGCGCUUUACGAUUUUUUCACAUUCGCAGCCAGGAUUCAAAGCUACGGAUCUCUGAAACUUGAGAAAAACAUAGUUUUGGCUAAUGGGGUUAUUCAGGCUGUGAAAAAAAUGAUUUUCUUUCCGUUUUUUUUUCGUUUUUUUUACGUCAAAAAACCCAAUUCAGCGGUGUAAAAAAACAAAAAACGGAAAACAAACAUUCGCUGAAUAGCCCCAUAAUUUUUCCGUCCGGGUAAUCGGCAUUCCAAAUUUUUUUUGCGAAUCCUCCCACUCCUACUCGCCUGUCCUGCCGGCGAUCAACUCAAAACACCUAUGCGUGAAAGAAGGUUUAUUCGAGAAAAUGUUCAGAAUUCCCUUGGUCAUGUUCCCAGACCUCAAUUUUACUGUAGAUUCAAUUUUUCGUUCAGAAAAGUCAACCGAUCCGUAUCAUCAUGGCAAAUGACCAAUUCGGAGCAGCGCCCGUCGCAAGCGGGAUGGCUCAAAAAUUCGCGGCCACUGGCGCGUGGAGCACUCUCGCCCGCCGCCUACUUCUUGGAGUUGGAGCAUCGGAACGGUGCCAGCUCGCCAAUCGUCGGCGGACUUUCCGUCGUGGCGGUGUCGACGACGGCGACGGCGAAGGGAAAGGAAGAGCCGAGCGGUGCGGAAAACCAGCAGCUCACUCGGAACACUCCACGACAGGCGAGUUUCAUGGCGGCCGUGCAGAGGUAUCCGCUGAAAGAGAGCAAUUCCAUCGAGAGCAACGGUUGCGGAGCGGAAGUUGAACAGGAAAAUGGGGAAGUGGAAGAAGAAGCCAAGGAUCAUCAGCAAGAAGUUGUAGUGGAAGAUUCAGAAGCGGAUGCAGAAGCUGAGCAGAUUCGAGAAACGCCGAUUCGCAGACCGGGAAGGAGUAGACAGUCUAGGUAAACGAUCGAAAAGACCUCAAAAACCACUCGUUUUUUCUCUUUUUUCAGUCGGAGUAUGGGUCGGCUGGAUUUCGACAAACUGCGCAUCGGCACCGCCCGCAUUUCUGACUCGACACCUUCCGGAGCCGAGAAAGAAGGUGAGAGAGCGCGACUGUUUGCAUUUCAAUUUUCGCGCCUUUUCCCUUUCGCCUCCCUUUGCCCCCAUUUCUGUUUCGUAUUCCGAUCCUCCUUUCAUUUUCGACCAUGUGGUCAUUUAACAUACGGCCUGCGCACCUUCUCCUUCCUUUCUUUUCAAUGAAAUUGUUGCGGCGCCGCCGAAUUGGCCGUUUUUCAAACCGUCUCACGGUUUCGACAUACCCCUUUUCGAUUGAAAAAUGGUUCAUUUUGGUUAGAAAUUUCCCCUGAAAUCGUUAUUGGAACUUCCCACACUCUGACCUGAACAUUAGAUUGGGUUCUUUACCGAUUUCUUUGAAACCCAUUACAUAGCUGUACUCGUUCUAAUCUCUUCUACACUCGAGUUUACUGAAUAGUUGCCGUUUCGGAAGAAUUCCAAACUUGUGCUUUGUCUUUGCUUCGGACCUCUGAGGCUCGAGAAAACGUGCCAAUACAAGUCUGAAAAGAAUCAUCCCCCGACAAGAUUUUUUUCCCUCUUGUUGGCAAAAUGUUCACUCUAAUUGUGUAGUGGGGUGGUUCCUCAACAAAAAGUUGUCUCUCUCUCUCUCUCGGCUUCAUAAUUAGAUUUAGAACUUCUUAGGCCGUACACUUCCGUCUCCCAACUUCUUGUUUUCCAGACAAUUCUGUCCACUGUUAGUGUUUCUAUUCGAUUUCCGACCGCCACCUUUUCGAAUUGCUUUCUUUUGCCCCCUUUCAACCGCCACGCCAAACAACAAACAUACCCCCCAAAAAAUGGCAGUGCAAUACAUACAUAUAUCUUUCUGUUUAUGUGUCCUUUGCGGGUUAGACGACCUUUUUUAUGAGUCAGUCUCUUUUUCUCACUUUGUUCGUCUUACGAAAGGUGACAUUUAUUCCGUCGAGCUCAAUUGCACAAAAAGCAAUAGCCACAGCGAAUUGCGAAUCAUCCGAAUGUCAAAUAAAACAUUGACACUUUGGGCGGCCGCCGUUGCGAGCCAAUGAUAGGCGAGAGCGUUGGCGGCGGCGGCCGGGAUCGACUGAGCACAAUCACAAACACGAGCUCUGAACGGGGACGCCGCAAAAAAAACACACACAAGAGAUUGAGACGUUGAUCUAUGGAACUUUUAAAUGUCUAGGAUUGGUAUCAUAACAGUCUAAAAGUCUAAGAACAUUCAGUUUCAGAUGCGAUUUUCUCGAAUUCCAGAUUCGUUGUGCAAUAAUGAUCAACACGUUCAGAGUUUGUCUCUAAAGCUGAAAAGAAUGUGUAUUAACAUUUUUACGUGUACCCAGACAGAGUUUUGAGAAAAGAGAAAGUCUAUGUUCUUGAGACCUCUAGAAGCCCCCAAUUUGACCGAACUUACCGCGUAAUUUGCAUCUGGAACGUGAAAUUAGUUGUCACAUGAUAAAUCUGUUGAAAAUUGGGCGCAAACCCCCGAUUUUGGUGAUAGUUUUCAAACAGCCGUAGCCGAUUGGAAAACGAUGGAAAAGUGAAGCGUUCUCAUGCAUUAUGUGCUUUUUUGCGUUCGCCGCAUCGCUAUGAUAGUUACGACUCUUCCGUUCCUCUUUCUCUCUCUCCCUCUCGCAACCAUCUCGUCGUUUCGAUUCCACCCCGCCAAAGCCACGUUCCAUUCGUUCGCUUUCAUUAACUCUCUCCCUCUCACAUACACAAACAGUUUUGUGAUUGUGUUUAAAAAAAGAAGGACAGCAGCAGUGGCAGUGCUCCCACCCUGUGAGGCUCUAUUUGCUUAUCACAAAACAUCAUCGUUUUCCUUUCUUCCUUCCCCUUCUUCUUCUUCUUCUUUUUUUGCCUAUUCUCUAACUGUCUGUGCUCGUGCGGCCAACCUACACACCUGUAUUAUUGAUGUGUUACCACCGCUGCCACUUUCGACAUCAAUAAGAAUAAAAAAGAAAGAUGCUCAUGACUGCCGACUAUUAUCCGCUACUCUAUCACUAUUGUCAACUGCAGUUUUUGGAGAAACGGCGACGGAGGAGAGGUAGGUAUUUGCUGGCGGAAUUAUGCAUUCUUGAGAGACGGAGGGAGAUGAGAUGAAAUGAAAACUUUAGUGCUUCGUUUUAUGACCGACUCCAUUCUGCUCUGAACAUGUCGUACUUUUCUUCCAGUGAAGAAUGUUCACGUUAGAAAAUUGAGAAGCCUCAUUGUUUUAAACCCAAACAUACUUUCACCUUCUUCAGCUUCAAAAGUCCGUAGCAGAAUUCGAGCAAAGUCAGAAGAUGCUUCCAAUUUUUGACGGAAAUGUGUUUAGAAGCAUCUAGCCUAUUGUACAAAAGCUAAGCAUGUUGAACUCUUGAUUCCCGGUGACCCUCGAACAAAUUUUGAAAAUCCAUUGGCAAGCAAUUAGUCGGGGGCAGGGGAGCCGGCUCCCAUCACCACACAUUAACCUUCCCGCCGCCGCCGCCACCGCCCAGAUGACCAUAUGCUGAGUGCAUUUCCUGUGAGAGCACCGACUCUCUCUUUCACUUUUCUCUCUUUCUCUCCCUUCAGUAAAGCGCCCGCCCGCUAUCUCUUUGCCGAAAAAGUUCGACACAGUACUUGAUAUUAAAAACGAAGCGAAAUCAUCAGUGAUCAUCAAAUCGUUUUUAGCUGUUCCUUGCCCUCGCUCUCUCUCUCCGCAAAAAAAAAUAAUAAGAAGACAGAAGGAGAGAAAGAAGAGGCGGCGGUACUUGAAAAUGAGAAAAUGAGCACUGCAAAGUUUGCUGAUAAACUCUCUCUCUCUCUCUCUUUCUCUCUUUCGCCUCCUUCCCCCAAUUCCUUUUCUUUCAUCUUUUUUACCUGUGCCGAUCGGAUGCCAGUCUAGAAUCCUUGCUUUUUAAAGCCUUUGUUUUUUAGUUUAGAUCAAUGAAAAUGAUAAGAAAAGAAGGAUGCUCUCUGGAGAAGAUAAAUGAGUUAAAAAGCCUCCACGCCGGCCAAAAAAAUGACAGUUGGUCGGCUCCCCCCGGGGCUCCCCGCUCACAUCAGGCCCGGCUCAUCAUCAUCAUCACCAGCCGACAACAAAGUUGCCGAAAACACAAUCUUCUGCUCUUUUUCUCUCCCUUCCGCACAGAAUAUUUUUCGUCGUCGUCGUGCCGAUUUUGUCAUUAAUCAACUCUCGUUUUUUUUUCUGAAAUUUUGCUCAGAUUUCUGAAAGAUAUUGCCACGUCAUUCCGUGCUCCCUAGAGACUAGUACGUGGCCGGAAUACAUGCAUUCUAGAUCGCAAUCUUCACCGCUUCUUUAGGACCUUCAUGACAUUCUGACACGUUUUAUCGCCGUCAUUUGUGUGGAGAGCCGAGUGGAGCCGCUGCUUCAGUGAGCUCACGUCACGGCUCUAGUAGUAAGAUAUUGGUUUUUUGAGGUGCGAAAUGUCAGUUUUCAAAUUUUACUAGAAAAAACACAUUUGGUGGUUUCGUGUUUCAUGUUUCGAAUUGAAAUUCCGUAUGAUAAUUUUUGUUGGAAUCGGAUCGAUCGAUAGCGAUAGCGCUAACAAUAAUAAUCACCACACACAUUUCGGCGCCCAUCAUCAUCGACAACAUUUCGUUUGACCACGUUAUUAUAUAUGAAUAAUUCAAAAGAACAAAUUCGUCGUGGUGCCUUCCAACGCGAUCGGAGCGCCGGCAACGGGGGAAUUAUGAAUUAUCCGCCCCUCCUCUCGCUCGCUUUUUCCACUCUUCUCUCUUUUUUUUGCCACCACCACCACCAGCAGCAGUGCCACACUUUUUGCGUCCGUGACUAAAAAAUACUCGUCGUCGUCGUUGUCGUCUUCGUCCACUUCUUCUGAAUAUUGUCCGCGAAUUCUGGGCAAGAAUGGAUACUAUGCGAAGGAUCAGUAGCAUUGUGUCGCUUAUUAUGAAACCAGGUCAUCUUUACAACUUCUAGACCGCCUUUUUUGAGAACUUUUGUAUUUCAACCAAUAAUCGAAUUUGCAGGCGCCGCAAACACCUCGUCUCGCAAAAACUCGCAAGUUCCCGUCGAACUUCCGCUGGCCUCCGCUUCUGGAGCAUCCUCCUCAUCGAUUGCGACGACUUCGGAAGCACCUAGAAGAGAGACGUCGUCGAAUUCGUCGGUGGACUCGAAUCAUAAUGGUGGGUGUGUGUUGUUUGUAUUUGGGCGGAAGAGGAAAGAGACGAAGAAGACCACUUGAGAAAAGGACACGACGUAUUCAUUAGUUCCCCAUCGGAAGUGGAGGAUGCGUGGGUCUUGACACCGAUUCAUGAUGAUGCAGCAUUCUUUCAAGGACAUAGUCGCUCUACGAGCUGUUUUUUUGUUUAGGAUUCGUUGCUUUUUUGUUAAUAUCCCAAUUCUUCCGAUGUAGGCAAACUUUACUGCUGAAUUAGUUAAGGGGAAAAUUUCAAAUUCCGACCCGAUCCGAACCCUUCAUGAAUCCCAGCUGACGUCUUCUUUCGCCGCGUCAACUCGAAUUAGACAAAUGAACUUUGCUAAGACGGCUCAGCGCCUUCUUAGCUCUUCCGUUCGAAGCGGCGGCCAAAAUUCCGAAGGCUUUCACAAACUUAUUCCAUAGCGAAAUGAGUGAGCAAGUGACAUUUCCAUUUGUCCUCCUCCAUACAUAUUCGAAAUGGAGUGGUUGAGUGUCAUCAUCAUAUGUUAUGCUUGGAUUCCUCUCCUUCCUCCCUCGGCACACCCACUCGACUCAUCAUCAUCCACACACACACACGAGUUCGUCCGUCCUUUUGGAAGCAAAUUGGCGUGGUGUGGGGCACAACCGAAUAAACAAUGUGUUGUGCUCGUCUAAUAGAAAAUAAGAAACGAGAAGGCGCUAGAAGGGAGGAAAAGGUCGAUUUAUUCCUCGAAACUACUAGGCGAACCGGUUCUCCACACUGAAGAACAUCAGGCGCUUAUUCCAUAAUGGAUGUGCGAAAAGGACAAAUUGACCUACUAGUCGCUAGGACUGACUAACUGUCUUUUGUUCACUUCCACUUUAUUCGGAAGUUCAUGAGAUUCUGAUUCUUCAAGUACUUAGUAUUAGUUUGUCUAACAUUUGGUCUACUUGGAAAUGAGCAGUGUACAAGUCGAAACCAGAUUACGAAAUAGUCUAAAGAUUUUCGGAUCUGAUUUGAUGCGUCAUCAAGAUAUUCAGUCUCAGUCAGCAACGACGACGAGGAGUAGGAUAAUUAGAAAACUGACAAGUUUCUUCCGAGAAUUCUAUGCGUGCGCCAUCGUUGUCGUCGUCGUCGUUUUUGUCUAUUUCUGAUUCUCGCCUGGACACCCCCUCCUUCCUUCCUUCCGUCCACCUCCUCCGCCUCCUCCUCUUUAGCCAAACGAUGCUAAUUUGCGAGCUUUGAAGCUUUGAAGAGCGUGGUUUCAAUCCAUUUUUGAUCGCCAAUACCACGGUCAUGGUCAGUCAUUUCAUUUCUUCACGCUCUGAUCAUCAUCAUUAUCAUCUUCUUGACACCGAACAAAGGUAUUCCAUCUUUGUCCUUCCGUCUUCUGCGCGGCUUCCCGCAAAGACAGUGUCUAAAGGUGAUUAGCCACCACCACCAACACCGAGAGAGGAAGAGAGAAAGAGGAAAGGUUAAUUGCUGUAGCUACCCGGAUGCUGCUGCUGCUGUUGCCUUGGCCUUGCCGACCACUGCCACCUUCUUCUUCUUCUUCUUCGUCUCCCGCUCCCGCUCCCGACGACGAUGAUCAUCAAGAAGAAAGAAGGAGACGUAGGAGAUGAGGAGGAGGAGGAGGAGAAGGAGAAGAAGAAGAAGACGACACUAAGACACUUGUCGUGUACGUUUUGAUGUGUUCGCUCUCGCGCCAACGACGACCAUUCGGCGCAGCCGCAGCAGCAUCCGUCCACAGCGGUUUUGUCGGUUUGUGGCAAUGUUCUUUGUGACUGUCCCUCAGUUUUUGAUGUUCAACUGAUACGCAUAGAAGAUGUAGGCCUAAUUUCUGUUAGAAGCUCAAGUAGAAAAGCUAUGUAUGGUUCAACUUUUCAAGUUUUCUCCAUUUGGUAGUGACGCCAGAUCUGUGGUUAUAUAUUUUCCAGAAAAAUCACUCUGACAUCAACCAGAAAUCUGGCGUCACCACCAAAUGUUUGCGUGGAAUUUACCAGUUCAUAGCUCAUUUUCUCAUUUUCGGAUCCUCUUCUUCUCGCUGCUCCAGGUUGUACCACACAAACUCGUGCGUAAACACUAGAAUUUACGUCAUUCGCCGACGCCGACGCCGACGCCGCCAGUCGCCCCAACCCACGUAGACGGCGUCCGAUGAUGACUUUAUUUUCCUGGUCCGUCGUCUUACAACGUGUCUUAUUCGAAAGAAUCGAGCGUCACACACGUCAUCUUCCCCCCAAACACCUUGCGUGACUUUUGACGUUUCAGAAGAUCCAUGUUGCUUCUGGCUCGCGCCCCGGAACAAAAUGGAAAGAGUGGGCGGAGCACACACACAAGAAAAUGGUGUCAAACAUUUUUCGCGUGGAUGUUUGACACACUAUCACUCAUUUUGACUUGACAAGUCCCGCCGUUUUCUUUUUGUGGGAGCCAGCUCUCUAGAAAGUUUAGUGUUUCGGCAAAAAAAAUGUUAUGAAUUUUUUAAGACUUUGUAUAGCUCACUCUUUCGAGCAUGGCGUGCUUUACUUUUCGCGAAAAGACAUAAUAGCCCGUUUCCCGCCCGUCCGUUUCUUCAAAGGUGGUCUCUCUCUCUCUCGUGUGGGGACCACUCUUCCUGCAGAAAGCACCUAUUCAUGACACCUUUUCAUUCAUGAAUGAGCUUUUGACUAGAGCUCUCUCUCUCUCUCCUCGGGUUUCCCUGUCCUUUCUGAGAGCGCUUUCCAAAAGCUCGGAACAUUUUUGAGCAUACUCUCCCUCUUUGCCAUUUAUGGAGAUCGGGUUUCGAUUGACUCUGCUCUACCACUUCCUCUUGCUCCACAUGGAAAUAUCUAUUUGUAUUCUGAAGAGCUCUUGUUUCAGCAACAAUUGUGCUCUUUGCAGCAAUUUCGACGCGUUUUCCUCGCGAGCGAAGGCAGUGUAAAGCCUAUUAGACCGUACGGUAAUUUGAAUAAGACAUUUUAAUAAUUAUUGUUUUCGUCCUCUCACCCCUCCGCGCAAACAAUUUCGCACACAAUUAUAAUAAAGCUCAGCACGCGCGGGACAGGUGUUUCACCUGUCCGUGCUCUCGCAUGAGCUGUGCCUUUGACCCUCCAUUCCCAUUCCAUUCGCUUCUUUAAAGGGUCUUCCCUAGUCAGUGUUUACCGUCAUCACCUGUCUUUGACGGUCUGCCGCCUCUCGCACCGCUUCACUCUCUUUCCCUCUUUGCCAUGCAAAGAAGACACGGCGGUCAGAGGUCAUCACCCAACCUAACCCGGUUAGACCGGGCAGUGAUAUUUUAUUGUGCCAUCAAUACGCGGUUUGUCCUUUUUGAGGUAUUAAUGGCACUUGUGGCUCAGAAAAAUUAUCUGGAAGAGCUCUAAGAUUCUCUUGUUCUAGUUGAUCCUUUUUUCUGAUCUUAAAUGCGAUUUCAACAGUAUACACCUAAGCUUAAGAAGUUCUGAAUAAUCUUUGUCUUUGAAUGAGUCGUUUGAUGCCGUCAGAUUGUUAAGGUCAUUUGCGUAGUUCAGUUCACCUUUAAAAGAACAGAAAAUCACUUUAGUCUAAACUGUGAUUUUUCUCCAAACAUUUCACUAAGUAACCAGACUUGCUAUUCUUAAUCUACCGACUCAAAAGAUUUUUUCCUACUUGUAAUCGUGAAAGUGAAUGGAAACGCGAACUUCCGGACUUUUUUCAAACCAUGGCAAUUGGUGAUUGAGCACCAAUCAGAUUUCUCAUGGCAAUCCAUCAUGACGCCUUUAGGGACUUGAAUACCCUCCCAUCUUGCUCAAUAGUAUGAAUUUGCAUACAAUUAAUUUCUCCCUCCUCUCUUUCCCUUCCUUCUUAGACCCCUUUUCGAUUCCCUCUCCUAACUAAUAAGCCUAGAUUGAAACGAACAACCAAAUUUGCCAGUAAAGCAUAAUGAUUGUUUUUCGUUGCGCUAAAGCCAGUGUACAGUACCCGGUUGUUUGCCAUCUUCUUCUUCUUCUUCCUCCCCCUUUUCCUCUAAUCGAAUUGUCUAGGGCCCCACCGUGUCGUCGUUGCCAUUUCAAUCUCAACCACAGCAGCAUGUUGUUCAUUCCUAUCAUUUAUUUGUCCAAUUUCCAGAAGCAAUGAAGAUGAUACGCCGUGCGCGACCCAAAUCAUACGUGCUGGCGACGUCGGCGUCGAUGCACGACGAGGUGCUUUCGUCGAUUGGCAACGAGCGUAAGUUUCCCGUAUCGCCCUCCUACCUAUUCUUUUGUCUUUUCAGCCUCCUCGUCAAUCUCGCACGAUACGACGACGUCAGGCCGCGAGUUGCCCUCCUCGCUGAUGGGAUCCGCCACGUCCAUCGAGCUCCGCGGCGCUGGAUCGGCGUCCAACGCCUCGACGACGACCACUUCGGGACAGCAGACGUCGCGGAGCCUGAACGCUCCGCACCCGCCCGCGACGCAUCGUCUUCAACGAUUCAUUGCUCUCUUCAAUUCUAAUGUGAGAUUUCUGGGGAAUGAUGGUGUGUGCAAAGUUAUUGUAAACAAAAUCUCAUAGUUGACAAGAUCUUUCCGGAUUUUUAGUAAACGAUUGCCAAGCAAAUUUCGAUGAAAAAUGAGUCGAGAAAGUUUUGAGUGAAAAGCGUUUACUGCUCAUCCGUUUCUCGGAAGUUCUAGGUCACAAAGCCUAAAAUUAUUCAGUUUUUCUUAAAAAGUUCGAGAAGUAUGUCACUUUUUAGAUAAAUAUUGCAAACGUUCGAGUUGCUCGUACUUUUUGGCUUCGGAAUGCGCAAAAGUGAAAAGUCGGUGCAUAUAAUAUUGAGUGAAUGAGCGCAACUUUUCGCACAUUGCUUCUGGAACUUUUGACUUUUGGAAAAAUUCUGGAACUUAAGCUUUAAAAAAUCUUCUUCUCGUUUCAGAAAUCAUCAGACGGUGUGGAGCCGAAAAAGUCGCGAAUGAAGCGGUCGCGAACGUCGCUGCCCGCGAGCCGCGUCUCCCUGCCCGGAACGAUGCUCCAAAGGGAGGCGGUCGAUCGGCAGACGUGGGUCAAACAUCAGGAGAUCGCGCUGGGCAAAUCGGGAAAACGCAAUCACUGGGAGGACCGAUGGGCGGUCCUCUGCAGGCGGACCCUCUAUUUGUGUGUCGAAUCGCCGUCGUUCACUUCUGAAAAGGUACGCUUUCUAUUUUUCCCGAAACUUUUCACAAACAUGAAAAUUUUCACUUUUUAGACAAUCGAGCUGAGCGCUCACACCCGCGUGGACGUGUGCAAUGCGAUCGUGGACAUUGCCUACGACUGGCUUUCGUCGACCUUCUCGAAACAACGCCACGUCGUUCGAAUAGUCACGCAGAACCGUUCGGAGCACCUGAUCGAGCUGAACACCGAGUCGGAGAUGCUGUCCUGGAUCUCGGUGCUUCAGUCGAGUUCGGAAGACGCCAGUGGUGGUGGCGGAGGCGUCAACGACGUGGACGGCGGCGCAUCGGAGAACAAUAAUAUCAAUCGAGGCGCCACGAACAGCCAGUUCCUUCACAACUCUCAAUCGGUAAGUAUUCAAGAGCCGUGCGUCAGAAUCAGAAUUUUCCAAUUGACGUCAUGAUGUGACACGGACAUUAUUGUAUUAUUCUGAUGUAAGCGAGCUUUGUUUGCCCCUCAAAACUUGCCCCCGGCUCGCCAUUCCAUUCCAUUAAUUCAUUCCUUGGAUUUCUCUGUUUUCCUUACUGACUCUUCUUCUUCGUCUUCUUCGUCUUCUCACUCGCUCGCCAGCUCCCUUCUAGCCAAGCCAGUAGUAAUCGAAUAAGAGGAAGAGGAAGAUUUAUUAGAUUCAUGGAAAUUCGAGGAGAAGUCAACGCUUUCUUUUUCGCCGUCCGUCCGUCUGUCGUGUAAUGUCUACCGCACGACCAUCUGCUCGAAUUUUGCGCGUUCUCGAUACACUUGACUAGGUUUUUCAAUGAGAAGCUUCUGGUGCGGAAAUGUGCGCGGACGAGGACGACACUCGGUUUGUUAGGUUUUGGAAAAUCGAAAAAGAAACUAACAGCCGUUCGUAAGUAUCCGCUGCUUGUCACCACUCGGAUUGCUGUUGUUUUUGCUCCAGUUGUGUGUGUGCUCAUUCAUUUAUUGUUCCGACUACCAACUGUUCUUCUCUCAUUCAUUUUCCAUCCUGCACCAAAGAUUCGGCUCCCUGGAACCAUAGUUUCAGCUCGAAAAGAGCCCGCUCACUUUUCUUGCUACCGGAAAUGAGGAGCAGCGUCGGCGGCGGCGGUGAGCAUCAACAGAAAGCGAGCAGCUCUGCUGGAGCUGGUAUAUGAAAACGGAUUAAGUUAGUCUCGUAGUGUGGACACGUCUUCUUCUUCUUCUUCUUCCCCUACUCUUCUCAAUGACGUCCUCUCCGCUUCUUCUUCUUCUCAUCCCGAGCUCAGAGGUUUCGGGAGGAGCGCCUCCCACUGAGACGCAGACCUUUAGGAGAAGCUCACUCUCGUCCUGCUUUUCUUUUCCUUCCUUUCCACCCCGACGACGACGACAACGACUGUGUUUCUUUUUAAUUAAUGCUCGCUUUGCUCCUCUCUCUAUCGCUCUCUUUCUCUCACUUUCAUCUUUUGAAGGAGAACCACACUAGUAGGAGCAGUAGUAAUGGAAAAGGAAAUUCUCUUCACUUAUUCCUCUUCUUUUGGCUAGUCUCGACGGAUUUUCAGUAGAAACCUUCAAUUGGGGAUACCAACCUUGUUCUCCAACAACCCUGCAGAAAACCUCACUUGAAACCCUUAAAUUUUUGAGCCUUAAAGUUUAAAAAAAAACGGAAAAGUUGGUAUAUUGGAGCAUGAUCAAAAUAGUUCGGUUCAAACGAGGUUUUCUGUACAGUUCUCGGGGUCCUUCGAAAGAAUUUACCAAUUCCGCUGAAAUGGUUUAGCAUCAAGCUUGAAGUUUCGAGCUUGAAUACUGUAGAAUAGUACGAAAAUUGGGAACUUCAAAGCGUAUCACAUUUUUUCUCAAAUCGCCUGAAAGCAGGUGCAAAGUGCUCCCCUCACCCUCCCAUCGUGAAUUUCUGAUUUCCUGUGCCCUAACCCCGGGGUUUAUCGGCUUUAGGCGCGUAUCCGCUCUAAUCAAAACGCUAUUGAGCAUCAGUAGUAGUGGCUUUGGCUCUGGGCGCUCCAAAGAACACACCAAUUGAUUGAGGCGAAAUCUCGACGACGGCGGCAAAAAGGUAUCAAUUUACAAGUGAAUGUCGGAAACACGGGGUGGGUGAGGGGAGAAAAAUCUCGUUUUUCCGUUCUGUUUGCUUCCUCUGCUGCUUUUCUUUCUGCGCCCCUCUUUGAUCCUCCAUUUCGUGUCGAAUAGUUUGGAUUAUUAGUCAAAAGUUUUGGAGCAGCAAUCUGAUAUGACCUCCUUAUUAUUAUUCAUUAGAGUCAAAGAGUCAAAAGGUCUCAUCUCAAGUUACUGCUGAAUAAUUGGACAGUUUUUCUUCCACAACACACACUUCAUUUUCUCCUUCUCCUCCUUCUCGCUUGCUUUCUUUUUCAACUAAAAAACGAAAGAAGAAGGAGAAAAAGACGAAGAAGAAGAAGGCCCGAGGUUAUUUGUUCCAUUCGGCGUUGCUCGGGCAGAGGAGGCCCGAGCCCUUCUUUAGGCAAAAGACCUCUCGUCGCUCCCGCUCUCUCCCUCUAUCUCUCUCUCUCUCUCUCUCUCUCUCUCUCUCUCUUUUUCUUUUUCGGAAAAAGCAAUAGAGCAACAAGGAGAAAGAAGCAAACAGGGGUCGCCGCCACCCUCCGCGUUGUCGCGUUGGCAAGCGAGCUUGACACGAACAUUUAGGCUUUUGUCAUCCGAUGAUGAUGCUCCGAACCAAUUCUAUCCGCUGGGCUCAGGGUCGAAUUAAAGUUUGCCAAAAGCUUAUUAUCAGCUUCGUGCUCCAAGCAGCUCUUGGCUCGGGCCCCAAGUCUUGAGCUCUCCUUCUUCUUCUUCUUCUUCGUCCUCUUCCUUUCCUCGAUCGUGUCGUCGUCGUCGUCGUUUAUCCGGCUCUAAUUCUGUUUACAUGUAGGCGGGCGUGUCGUCCGUCGUCGUCGUCGUCGCGGGGCAGCAAAAAAGGCGAAGAAGAAGAAGAAGGCAAUUCCUUCUUCUCUUUCUCUUUUCACUGCUCCUCACUCACACACAGACACACAGCUCGUCCGCCUUUCCGCUUCGUGCCCCACUUUGUCGUCGUCUUCUGCGCUACUGCUCCACACAUCUUCUCUUUUUUCCGUCCCUUUUUCUUCUCUAUUCAUCAUCCGUGUGCCGCCGCACCUCCGGAUAGAGGGACGAGAGAGAAAAAAGAGGGGGGAUCAUCAUCGACGUGGAAAAAUGAGUGAGCGCGGAGAAGAAGCCACUUUGGACCUUUUGGCGUUUGUGUCGGAGACAGAAUCGUUUGGCCGAAUUGGGUCAAAGUUGAUGGAUUCGGGUCGGAACUCGGCUCAAAGCACCCAAUUAGAUCGACCUAGCUAGCGCCAAGGCUCUAAUUAUCUGGAGCUUUUCUAAUCAACCAGUUCUCAGGCUUACACAUUCCCAUUUUCUUCGGAAAAUUUAAUUACCUCUCCAUUUCGCUGCGCGUUCUGUUCUUCGUCCGUUCGCUCGCUCCUUCUCACGUAUUCCAUUAGUGGUUGUGUGUGUGUCACACACACACCCUAUAGGCAGAAUGUGCCUCCCUCACUAGGGCCGAUGAGCAAUGAAGCGUGUCCAAGGUAACAUACUCUCUCUCUCUCCUUGUCUCUUUCUCUCUGUGCGAAACUAGCCAACCAUUCGCCUAUUUACCUGCUUCGUCCUUUUCUUUCAAAAGGUUACCAUGGCUUUUCACGUAGUAGCUAAUUUAAGAUUUUGAGACGCUUCACAAUCGGCGAUCUUUUGAAAUGUCCAUAGUUUCCGCCUAUUUACAGUAAUUUUAGGUCCUGCGGUAACCUACAUUGCUUUAAAGAUCAGGUGGACCUCUGAAACUGGAGAAAACCUCGACUAAGUUUCUGCGAGUUCAUUUUUCCAAAAAAUUACUUUCCGAACCGUACAAAUCAUGUCUCCUCCGAUUUUCUCCUUCUACUUUUUCGAAAAACGAAUCGCAACUAAUUUGGUGCCCCCUUUCCCUCUCGCUGAGCAUUUUCGUCGAUGAGAAAAAAGAGAAUAUAUUUUCGACGCAAAUCGAGUUAUUCCUAGUUUUCAGUGUCGUUUUUUUUUUUGCUCCACCUUCCUUCCCACACAGAGUGAGUAUGUAAACAGGAGACCUCCGAAGCAAAAGAAAAAAUAAUGUUUCCCUCUCUCUCUUCCUCUGUCUGUCUCUCUCUUUUCUACAACAAAAAGAGAGAGAGAGAGAAAGAAAAAGCGGGAAAAGGAUAAUAAUAGGGGGCAUUGUGAGUAACGGAAGCACACCUUUCGCCCCGCUCCUCACCCCCCGAUUCGUCCCUCUCUUUUCCCCGUACACACACAAAUUUCAUACUUUCCAUCCUUUUGACAAUUGUCAAGGACACUGUGUAAUUAUAGUUCAACCUACCGGAAAUUUUGCAAUUACCUUGUACAUCUCAUCAUCAUCAUUGCAUGACAAAUGAGCGAAACGGUACAAUAUUAUUAUUGCAGAUCGCAUCGUUGGCGUCAUCCUCAUGCUCGACGACGACGUCUGAACUGGUUACUUCUUCCAAUCAUCAUCAUCUUGCGCAUCCCUCACAUCCUUCACCUCCACAUCAUCCACAUCCACAUCAUCAACAGACACAACAACAUCAGACAGUUAGCAGUACGGUUAAUGAAUUAAGCGCUGGAGUUUCUUCAUGUGAGUACCCGGCAUUUGGUCGAGAAGAACAACAUAUAUCACUGAAAAAAAAACAUUUUUACUCAAAACACCUAUUUGUGUUUCUUUUCACUUUUGUAUUACAAACCCCCAGAAAAUGCUUCGAAUAUGAAGCUCUAGGUGAACUUGUAUAGUUCCUGAACAAAUUUUGCGAUAAGAAUAGUUGUUCUUCUUCUGAAAACCAGUUUUUUGCAGAUUUGCCGACGUCGAAAAGUUUUGGAGGGUUGUCCACGGCAACGUCGUCGACGACGGAAAGCGCAAAGAAUCGACUGAUUAUGCAUCGGUGAGUUCGCUUUUUCGAGAAAAAAACCUUGAAAAGCGUCAGCAAGCUUGAAUAUGUUAUUAUUGUUGGAAAGAGUCACACUCUCUCCACUUUUUUUGCAGUUUUAGCCCCUGAAAUGGAAUUUUCUUUGUCUUUCUCUCUCUCUCUCUCUCUCUCUCUCUCUCUCUCUCUCUCUCUCGCUCUCUGCCGAACUCACUUUGCUCGGCGCCGAUAUAUAUUUUCGCGACGGGUGCCCCUUUUUCAGAGCGGCGGUGAAUCCAUUUGUUCGCCCGCCGCUGCAAAAUAGUAGUAGUGGGCUCGAAAAAUUUCAGAAUUUUUGCUCACGCUUCGUCGAUCUUCUGUGCCGAUUCUAGCUCGAAAAACACGCGAGUUUUUGCACAUUUUUCUGUCAAAAACUGAACAGACGGUCAACUUUUUAUGAACAUUCAUUCAAUCCUAUCAGAUCCGACAUAUUAAUAUUUUGCGGCAGCCAUUUUUUCGACCGGGCCAAAAUGAUGAAAAGCGACGAAACAGCACUUUAAUCUCUCCCUCUCUCUCUCAUUUCCUGCUUUCCGCACAUACACAAGCACACAUUUCAUGCUCCGCAGAGCCCAUCCGCCACAUCAUCUUUCUAUGAAUUUGUGUCUGAAUAUACGACGCCUCGUUUUUUUUUCCGGCCGGUCACACUUUAUCAUCAGCAUCAUCAUAAUUUCGCGCCCGAACAAAUUUCAUUAUCUUUUUCUCGCCCUUUUCGUUUUCUGCCCGAGCUCACAGAGAGAGAGAGAGAGAGAGAGAGAGAGAGAGAGAGAGAGAGAGUGGGAGCAGUUGUUCAAACGAAAGGGAAUUCCCCGAAAAGUGUGAUCGCACGCACAGUUUUCCGCCACCUACGCUUCAGUAUUUUCGUGCCCCUCGUGGAAUGCCAUUUAUUUUGAUUCGAAGAGCUCUACACCACAGGUUCACACUUUUCAGGGCAAUCGCGCUCUACCGCACAAACCACAUUUGUAGCGGUAGAACGCGAUUGGAUUUCCUCAUGAAUUUCACGCAAAGUUCAGUAGAGCGCUAUUGUCAGACUUCUAUGGUCAACACUUAAUUACAAUUUUGCAGAUAUAUCGCAAAAAACUCACAACUUCAAUCGCCAACAGCCAACAAAAAAAUGGAGGUGGACCCGUCGCUUCCAUCCGGAUCCGCUGGCCCGAAUCACAUCAACACUACCACGGGCUCCGCGAGCCACAUCACGUGCCCGUCCACGUCGCAAGCCGGCACGAGCGCCGAAAACGGCGACACUAUGGCGACGACGCCGAAAUCGGGCAGGAAAUGGAAGAAAUCGAAGGCGGCGAAGCAGGGAAGCGGCGGCGGGAGUUCGGGAAGUUCAUCCGGUAGUCAGCAGCAGGGGACAGCGGCGGGACCGCAGCCGGUGCUCGGAGUACGGCUCGCCGAUUGUCCGAUCGGAAAUUGCGAGGAUCACGUGCCGAUGCUCGUGCAGAUUUGUGUGUCGGUCGUCGAAACGCACGGAAUGGACACAGUCGGAAUCUACCGGAUCCCCGGAAACACGGCGGCGGUGAAUGCGCUGAAAGAAUCGCUGUCGGCGCGAGGCUUCGACAGUAUCGAUCUGUCGAAGGUCGAAUCGCUGGAUCCGCGAUGGCGAGACGUGAACGUCGUCUCUUCGCUCCUCAAAAUGUUCCUGCGAAAACUGCCGGAACCGCUGCUUACCGACAAGCUCUACCCCUUCUUCAUCGACGCGAAUCGCAUCUCCACCCACCAUAAUCGCCUUCACAAACUGCGGAAUUUGCUCAGGAAGUUGCCGCGUCCCCACUAUGACACCCUGCGAUUCCUGAUUCUUCAUCUGGCAGAAAUCACGCGUCACAGCGACGUGAACAAAAUGGAAUGUCGGAAUUUGGCGCUCAUGUUCGGACCCUCGAUCGUACGGCCGUCCGAUGACAACAUGGCGACGAUGGUGACGCACAUGAGCGACCAGUGCAAGAUUAUCGAGACGCUCAUUCAUUAUGUACGUUUAUUUCGCAAUGGAGCAUGGUCGGUGAGAGUUUCAGUCUGAUUGGAUUAUUCGAUCUGACCGGAAAGCCGGCAUUUCAUAAUCCAAUCGGACCGAAUCUCUUACUGAACACACAAACCUGAAAUCUUAUCAUCGAUGAUUACGAAUAACCGAUUCAUUGCAGAAUAUCUGGAUGUUCAAUGAGACCUCGACCACAGAAGAUGCGGUGCCCGAGCAGCAUCCAGCCGACGGCCAAAAUCCUCUGGAGCCGGGAUCCUAUGGAGUCGGGGUGCCGACGGGAGUCUCGGCCGCCUCUUUCAACGAUAUGCACAAUCUGAUACGGAAAGCCAACGAGGAUCAGGCGGCGGCGAUGAUGAACGAGGGCGGAAAAGGGCAGAAGAUCAAGAAUAUGCUGAGGAGGAACUCGCGACGGGACAAGAGCAAGUCGAAGCUGAAGAUCGAAUCAACGGCGCCGGCAGCGGUGAAUCCACGUGGCGCAUGGACUCAGCCGACGCCGUCGAGCACUUCGGCUGCCAGUGUCGAGAGCGCAUUCUGCGGUAACUAUCAGGAAAGGGACAUUGACGCGGAGAUUGAAUCCCGGCAAACCAUCUCGCCGCAGAUGACGUCCGGAUCUGCAGACGGCGUGGAAGUCGCCUCCUCCUCGACUCGUCUCGAUCAGAGUCCGUCGCUCGAAAGUUCGCUCGGAAGCCUUCCGGACACGUCGAGAACCGAACCGAUUAUUGGCGGUUCGGCAGGAGAGGACGAGGAGGCGAAAGAGGCGGCGAGACGGAAACGGCAAGAGGAGAUGUACUCGGCACGGCGGAUAUUCAUUGCGGGCGCCGGGGCUGCGGCCGGAUCUGCCGACUCGGAAAAGGCUGCGAUCGACGCGCUCGCCAAUCACUCGCAACACCUCCAUCUGGCGAGCAGUCCGGCCUUCGAAGUGUUGAGCGAAGAAACGCGCGAGAAGAUUCGGAGAAUGCAGAAGAAGCAGACGUGGCACGAUACGAAAGAGUUGAGGGGCAUCGGCGAGUUGUUGAAGACGUGCUCUCCCACAAAAGAUCUGACCGACGCGCUUUCCUGCACUUCCGACUACUCGACGACGAGCUCGGCGCCAUUGAGCACGAAUCCGCCGUUGGCAGUCGCUUGCGGAGGAGUUGAUCAGCCCAACUCGAGCUCCGACUACGCAUCCAGGUAGAGCAAUUUCUGUAAAGCAUCCUAAUAACCCAUUUUUCAGUGAUCCCUCUCCAUGCGCUCGCAAUCCGUCUACCUCGCCGGCUUCCCGCCCAUCCAACCUCGGAAUAUCGCCCUCCCAACUCCAUUCCACCUCGUCGGCCCUCACAACAGCAGCUCCGGCGCCGAUGAGCCGCAGCCAGAAGAUUCGGCUGCGCACGAAGCUCGGAGCCCGUGAUCCCGCCCGUCGACACACUCUCUCCGAUGUCGACACUCUCAAGGUAUGUCAAAUUGGAUUUUUUCUAAAUGGAAUUUACGAGAAAAAACAGUAACAAUUAGCCAAAGAGCCGCAUAACCGUGCUGAAGAAUUUCAGGAAGGCCGGCUCGACAAACUCGCUCGAUGGUUCGGCAUCCGGAAGUCGAGCCCGGAUGUGAGCCGCGACGAGGUGUCCGACGAGGAGAAGAGCAGUGUGCAUCCGGAAGCGCCGGUGCCGCCGGUCAUCGUGCGAACCUCCCCGAAUGAGCUGACUCCGGUGUCUGGCGAUGAGCAACUCUAG